UAUUUUUGAAAAAACAAAAGUUUUUUCCUGUAGUUUUUUGUGUGGGGGUAGGAUGAGCGUUUAAAAAAAAGUAGAUUGGGUGGGGUCGAUAUAGGAACAUAUUUAUUAUAAUAUAAUAACCGACAAUGUAAGAGAAGCCGGUCGAGGAGGACGGGAGAGAGAAAAAAAGCUGCUGGUUUUAAUUGGAUUUUUCUGAGGCGAAAAAGUGGUACUGAAGCGGCGGUGACUUGACAUUUACCUCCCCUUUUUGUAAUUGUAUGUUUUUUUAUUUAGGGAAGAAAACAGAAAAGGAGGGAGGGUGGGGGAGAGAAUUCGUGCGGCCGUCACUCACGCUCGAUGGGGGAUUACGGGUUCGGUUUACUAGUGCAGACCAAUAAUACCAACAGCAAGGUAGCUUUUCCAGUCAGAUAUCACCACCACCACCACCAUCAUCACCAAUCACAACAACAGAGCGUCUCCGCUGCCGCCGGCUCGCCUUGGUUUUUCCCUGCCCUGUCUCCCCAGACCAUGCAGGAUGAGCUGCUGCUGUCGCAGAAAUCCAAAUCCCCACAGCAGCAGCACUCUCCCCGACUCGAUCAAACCGCUCCUCCUGAUCUAGUCCUUCUGCCCGACUCUCCCCAACCCGAGGAAGAUAAUCCGAGCGGCGGCAACAGCAGCAAGGAGAAGCUGAGGAUGGAGUCGCCCAUCCUGCCGGCUUUCGACUAUCACGAGCCGCCGCCGCCUUCUUCAUCUUCCUCCUCGUCCUCCUCAUCGGGGCUCGGAGGAGCGGGCACGGCCGGGACGCCCUCCCUCACCUCUUCCUCCUCCUCUUCCUCUUCUUCCUCUUCCACCUCCUCCUUGACCGGUUUCAGCAACUGGUCAGCAGCGAUGACUCCUCCUACUGUCGGCGAGGACAACUUCUUUCACCAGGGAGUCCCUGCUCCUUCCGCCAACGGGGCUCUGCUCUUCCAAAACUUCCCUCACCACGUCAGCCCGGGCUUCGGGGGCAGCUUCUCGCCUCAGAUGGCCCUCUCCCAGCAUCACCAUGCCCCCCACCACCCACACCACCACCCUCCGCCGCCUCCACCACCGCCACCGCCUCCACCUCCUCACCAGCAGCCGCCCCAGCAACAGCAGCACAGGAGGUCUCCUGCCAGCCCGCAUCCCGCUCCGUUUCCGCACAGAAACGCUUUCAAUCAAUUGCCUCACUUGGCCAACAGCAUCAGCAAACCCCCCUCCCCGUGGAACAGCUACCAAAGCUCGUCGCCCACAUCAUCCUCUUCGUCGUCCUGGUGCUCCAGUGGUGGGAUCGGUGUUUGGGGUGGAACCCAAGGGAGAGAUCACCGCCGAGGGAUGACUGGUGGGAUGGCAGGCCUCAGCUCCAUCUCCCCCAUGAAGAAGUCUUUCCCCGGCAACCACAUCCCACCACACAAAUACUCGAGAUCCAGCUCGGCUUUCCCACCAAAGUCUUGGAUGGAAGAUAAUAUGUUGAGGAGUGAUAAUAUUUUACCGUUUCAGGAUCGAAAUAGAUUAUAUGAUACUUUAAACAUGCAUUCACUGGAGAGUUCACUAAUUGACAUCAUGAGAGCGGAACAAGACCCAUUAAAAGGUCGUCUAAACUACGCACAUCCAGGAUCAGAGAGUCCUCUUCCUAUUAAUGGUCAUUCUUCACUCUUCCCUGUUGAAGAUGGGUUCCUUGAUGAUGGACGUGGUGAUCAAACACUUCAUAGUGGCAUAAGUUCUCCUCAUUGUUUUCCUCAUCAAAAUGGUGAACGAGUGGAGCGAUAUUCCCGUAAAGUGUUUGUUGGUGGCUUGCCACCUGAUAUUGAUGAAGAUGAAAUCACAGCUAGCUUUCGUCGUUUUGGUUCUCUGGUUGUUGACUGGCCUCAUAAAGCAGAAAGCAAGUCAUACUUUCCACCAAAAGGCUAUGCAUUUCUGCUGUUUCAGGAGGAAGGUUCUGUGCAAGCUUUAAUUGACGCUUGCAUUGAAGAGGAUGGAAAGUUAUACCUCUGUGUAUCAAGUCCAACCAUCAAGGAUAAACCAGUUCAAAUACGACCAUGGAAUCUCAACGAUAGUGAUUUUGUAAUGGAUGGUUCUCAGCCACUUGAUCCACGGAAAACCAUUUUUGUAGGUGGUGUCCCCAGGCCUCUAAGAGCCGUGGAGCUGGCAAUGAUCAUGGAUAGGCUAUAUGGUGGAGUAUGCUAUGCUGGCAUUGACACUGAUCCUGAGCUGAAAUACCCAAAAGGUGCAGGGCGUGUGGCUUUUUCAAAUCAACAAAGCUAUAUUGCUGCUAUCAGUGCACGCUUUGUUCAGUUACAGCACGGAGACAUUGAUAAACGGGUGGAAGUCAAGCCAUAUGUCCUUGAUGAUCAGCUGUGUGAUGAAUGCCAGGGUACCCGUUGUGGUGGGAAAUUUGCUCCAUUCUUCUGUGCCAAUGUCACAUGUCUGCAGUAUUACUGUGAAUACUGCUGGGCUGCCAUACAUUCUCGUGCUGGGAGAGAGUUCCACAAGCCACUUGUGAAAGAAGGAGGAGACCGUCCACGUCAAGUUCCUUUUCGUUGGAACUAAGAUAUUUAAACCUGAUUCUCGUGGCAAGAUAAGAGUGCUCUAUGGCUGCAGACACCAGAUUAGCUAGGAAACUAAAUAAGUGCAUUCUUCUACUGCCUCAUCCCAGAUUUCAAAAUGUAUGUCUCAAAUUUUCACUUCAAAACAAUUGAGUUAAACAUUUACUGAUUUGAGAUAACACUGGAUAUUUGAUCCUUAGCUUAAAGAAAUAAUGCAGAUUCAGUCGAUAUGCAUGAUUGAGAUUUCUGAGUCAUGUGCUUACACAGCUUGGUGCUGUACUUGAUAGGAAUAUCCUGUUGAGGAAACUGUGAUUGAGAACUAGUUUUAGUUGUAUAGACAGAAUCUAAAAUUAAUGUGAAGUUAUACUGCAGCCCUUUUUGUGUUUGGAUUUUCAAUUAAAUUAUAUCUAAAGUAGGGGAAUAGCACUAUGUAUUAUAUAAAACACUUGGAUUUGCCCUCCCACAAUAUGAAUCCCAAUUUCUUUUUCAAACUGUGUCAGUGUGCUUUUUAAAAGUUGUUUCUAACACACUACAGGCUUUACUAACAGGUAUGGGGUAAAAGCUUUUGGUGCUUCCCUAUCAAUUCACCACUACCCCAAAAUACGCAAUGUAAGAAAGGGGUUUAGAUUGCUGCUACGGUUGAAGUGUGCACUUAUUUCAGAAAUGAGAAACCACAAUUUGAAGAUCUGCCGCCCCUAAAAGUUUACCAAAGUUGUUCAGAUUGACACAAUGUAAUUGUAGAGAGGCAUUUUCCUUGCUGGAAGAGAUUUUAUACCUUUAUUUUUUUGAUGUUGCUAUUUACAAAGUCGACUUGAUCUACUAAUAUAUUGUCACGUGUCAGCUUUUGCUCUCCAUUUUGACACACAAAAAGUAAUACCUCAAUUGUAGCCUUGAUUUAUAUUUUUUUAUUUUUAGUGAUGCUGUUUAAUUGCAAGAGACAAUAGGAGCCUUGCUGCUGUUUAGAUGGUAUGACAAAUACCAUUUCUUUCCCAGUAAAAUGGGAAUUAGAAGUAACAAAGAAAAAGGCUACAAUGCAACACAACUAGAUGUAGCACAGGCUAUGGCUUCAGCUGCCUAAGAUUUUUUUAAUUUUAUUUUUUAUGUGGAAUAGUAUGAAUGAUUGAAUGUUUACUAGUACACCUGUUUUGCAUGCACUAUAUAUUCAUACAUUUUCCCAUUAUCUACAGUACUUAUUCUGCAUAAAAAUCUUUGUUUAUAAAGUUACAUUUUGAAAAUGUAAAUGGCAUAUAACAAAAGAAACACUGAACACUGUUUGAGUGCCAAGGUGCAUGUUUGUGUUACUAUAGGUUAGCAUGUGGUGUCAUGACACUCUUAAGUGUAUACUAUGCAGGUUGGCUUUAAGUGGUACUGCGCCCUUGCAAAGGCGACGUAGAUGCUGGACUGCAUUGAAGGAAUUAUCUCCUUGUGAUUAUUGCGUGAUUCAGCCAAAGGUGGUUAUGCAUUUGUGAUUUUUAAAAAUUAUAUGUGAAAGGUUAUUGCUCCUCACUCUUGCUAUUUCUUUCUGAUACAGUGAAUAGCAUCUUCAAACUCCUGCAAACCAAAGACUGGAUUACUCACUGCGAAUUGCUGACUUGUGACCUACAAGUAAUACAAUGAUAAUAGCAGUGAAAUUCUUCCUUUGAAAUAAUAGGGUUUAAAUAAUUAAACCAGGUCAAAAUGGAGGCAUUUGCUGUUAAAUUAUCAAGUUUAAAGUGUUUAAAUUUGAUCUAUGUUUUGGCCACGGUGGUGUCAAACUAACAGCAGCAGAGAGUUGUGAGGGUGUUUAUCAUUUAGCUCGUCAGGGAUUUACUAUAAAGAAUAUGUAAUUCUUAGUGGCAAUCUUUAAGCUAUAGAAACUGCUGGUUAUCAUCCUUUCUUGGUGUACUGGUGUGCUGUUGUGCCAUUCCUGCCCAACUCUGGUGUUUGUGGGUGUAGUGAAUUAGCAUUUUUGAAAUUUGACACUGAAAGAUAACUUUUCUACUAGUUGACUUCCUUUUUAGGUAACAUAUUCUACCUUUGACUUUUUGGUAUGUUGUUUCUCUAGUUGGCUUUUUGUUCCCCUUUUGUUUUUAUAUACAUGUCAACAUUUGUUAUGCACUACUUUUGUAAAUCUUUUUUUUCCCAACAGUUAAUAUUUUUAAGCUCACUUUUUCACUGGCAUCUCUUUUGCAAUACCUCGAUUUUUCAUAAUCUGAAAGAGAUUAAUAGUUUUUUCUAUGUUUGUUAUUCGAAGAUUUGCACAUAUAUCGUUAACUUAAUUGUGCAAAGAAAUGAGUUGAAGCAAUCAAUUUUGUUUCCAUUUUCUUUCCUUUUUUCUUUUAACAUUUGAAGGCAAAGAGAAUUUUGAAUAUCAUGAACAUUAGGGAUCAGCAAUGCUGUUGAUAAAACUGCAGAGUCUGAAAAACCAUAGUCAUCGAAAAUAUAAUCUCCCAGCUCCAGGUGUUGAUGUUCAUAAGUCUAAAGUAAUAAUCCAGUAAAUAUUAGAACCUGGUUGCAAUAUCAGCCCUAUCCUCAUUGUUAAAUGUGGAUUCUAGUUUCUUCCAAUACUACACUGUAUUUUCAGCAAAUAUUCUUAUGAAAAUGAUCAUAUAGAUUCCUUUUCACAGUUCCUGUAUCUAUGGUACAGUAGCUGACCUGGCACAAAGUUCAAUACAAAAGACACACAGAACAAUUAGCAGUAAACUUUGACACAUGGAUUCUUAGGUGUUUGAUGGUUAGAAAAAGAUUUACCGGUUUUUAAUAGACAAAACCAGGUUUAACUGCCAUCAAGUUACCUCAAUUCUAGGUAGUGUGCAAGGCUGAAACAAUUAAGAAAAUAAAAGCAUGCAUGUAAACAAACAAAAUGUAAACUUCAAAACUAACUUGUUUAUUGUGUGUUGUAAAGUUGUUUACAAAGGUUAAAUUCCAUUUCUCACUUGCCCAUAGCAUGGCAAAUAUAUCCUCAUACACAGACCUCUGCAGAAUGCAUGAUUUUAAAUCUGAUCUUGUAGUUCAAGAAGGAAAGGAUUUUAUGAAUGCCAUUGGAAGGACUUGAUAAUUUAUUCUUUGUCUGGAUUUUUAAGAAUUUCUUACAAAGUUACAGAAGACUUGAAUGUGGUAAAUUGUGGAAAGUUAAUGUCAUAUUGUUAUGUGCAAUACUUUUUUUCUAACUUCUGAAAAAACUUUACAGUGUAAACCUUUAAUGCGAUUUUUUUUAAUUGCAAACAUUCAGAUUAAUAUGUUGUCCACAAUGUCAUUUUCUACUGUUAUUAUAUUCCCUUUUAUCUUACUGAUAUUUGUAAAUUCAGAAUAUGAUCUUUGUACUAAUAUAAAUAAUUGAAGUUAUUUUUAGAUAUGGACUAAAGGAAAAAUGUGCUUGUUUGCUUAUUUUUGUUACCUUACUUUAAAAAGUAGCAAAGACUACUUUUCUCAGCAGCAUUAUAAUAAUUGGGUCAAUAUCCUGUCCAGCAUUUUAUUUUUGGUAUUUUAAAUUGAAAUGUAUAAUUAGUUUUUUAUCAUUUGACCAUUCAGAUUUUUUAUGUUGUAAUAUUUUUGAUUGUGCAGCUUUUUUAAUAUUUUAAAAUGUCUAGUUUUUAUUGGAAGCUUAAGUAUUCAACACUGUAUGGCAAAUAUUCAUAAAAAGAAUAGUUAUUUGUGGAAGUUGGCCAUCAGUGGUGUGUCUCUGUGGCUGAAUUCUUUGUGCUUUUCACUGUGUUUGGGGAGGUUGUAGUGAUGAUUAACAAUUUUAAAUAAAGGAAACUCAUUUUUAUUAAUAUUUGUUCACUUUUUGAGUUGAUAUUUUAUGUAUCCCCUCUACUAAAUUAUUUGGUGCAAAAAUGUCCCUUUGCAGCUUGUUUGUUGAA